AUGUCUGGUUGCGGCUGGACGAGUGGACGGAGGAAGCGGAGUGAGGAGGCGGUAGAACAAGCAACAAAGGAAGCGCUGGUGGUCCGCGAAUGGUCGCUAGAUACCAAAGACGAUCCGAUCAUCGAUCCACGGCCAAGGGUCAGAGUCAGCCAGGUUCCACGUUGGGGCAGGGGACCGCAAGCGUGUAUGAGACUUGAGAGACUCGAGAGUCGAGAGGAGGCUGGAGCCAGAUCGUUGUGGAGAGUCGGGUCGUUUGACUCGUUGGAGCAGAAGAACAGCAGCAGAAGUGUGCCAGAACUUCCACGAAGAGGAGAAGAAGCCGGUGUUUCAGCCGCGUUGCGAACUGGCGACGAGACGAAGAAGAGAGACGAUUUUUGGACACAAAAACACUACGCCGGACGGGGACUAGCGCGAUUCCGACCAGGACGUGGCAGGGCUUGGCCGAGCUUGGCCAGGCUUGGCAGUCAGGUGAAUCAGGGGUUGGCCAAUCACAGCUCGGAAUCAGCAAUCCAUACGCCUGGGAAACUUAUGCGGGAGAUGAGAGACUAG